AUGCAUAAGACAAGAAAAUCCAUAUUAAAAAGGAAAAACAAAUGUAAGGUAAAUUCUAAUUCCAAACUAAUCUCAAAAAUUGCUCCUUUAUUUAAUGUUGAAAGCAGCUUACAAUUAGACUUAAAAUUUCAAGAUGUUAAUAACUGUAUGAAGACACUAAAGAUAGAAUUAAACAAUCAUGCAACUUCUCGUGGUCUUUUGGUUCCUAGUUGGUGCAAUGAAGAUGAUAGUAUAUACUUAAAUGAUGGGAUUGUAACUAAUUAUAACAAUUCUGUUAAUGUCAUUGAAAUCAGACCUAUUAUACAGAUAAAUAAUGGAGAUAUAUUAAAUAUGUAUUCUUAUAGGAAUAAAUGUGAAUUUACUAUUGGUUUUUCUUUUCCUAAGGGUGAAAAGGAACCAUCGAAAGUAGCUAUAGGAUUUGUUUCAAAUAUUGAAAACAGAGAAUUAAAUGUCAUUGGAAUAAAUAAAAUUUCAAGGACUGAGAAUUGUUCAAAUAAUACUUCAAAGUGUGAAUAUAUACCUAUUAUAUCUCCUUGUAUGAUAUCAGUAGUAGAUUGUUUAUAUGAAAUUGUUACUAAUGCAUCAAAUAAUUUGGGAUUAGAAGUUUAUAGUAGACGAAAUAGAAAGGGAAUAUGGAGGUUAUUAAUUAUUCGUACUACUGAAAUACCUAAUAAGCGUAUGAUGGUAAUUAUUCAAACUUCAUAUUUAUCAAUUAGAGAUUAUAAUACAAUUAGUAAAUUAUUGAUUGAGCAAUUAGUAUUUUGUGAACUUGAAGAACCUUUCUUAUAUUCUGACUAUCAAAUAUCCUCAUUAUAUUUACAACAGAGUGAUUCAAUUGUUGAUACUUUUGAAGGGGGUAAUCUGAAGUUAAUUUGGGGUGAUGAACAAAUUACUUAUUGUAUUUCAAAUACUACUUUAAAUAUUGGACCUCGGACUUUUUUUCAGACUAAUACCCAAGGCUGCCAGAUUCUAUAUAGUACAAUUAAAGAUUUAGUUAUAUUGACUUUUUUGGGUAGUUCAAACAGAAAUAAGUUAAUAAAAGAGAGAUACACAAAUAAAUUAUAUAUUUUAGAUAUUUGUUGUGGUGUUGGGUCAAUUGGACUCUAUUUGUACAAAUCAUUGGAAACACUAAGGGCAUUUUAUCCAAGUAUUAACCUAAUUGGAAUUGAUUGUGUUGAAGAAUCUAUUUCUGUUGCAAAAAUGAAUGCAAAGAUAAAUGGAGCUGAAAAUACAGAAUAUAUUGUAGGUAAAGCAGAAGACAUACUUCCUAACAAACUAUCAAGUAUAAGGAAUGAAGAUGCAGAUUUUCUGGCAAUAGUCGAUCCUCCUAGAUGUGGUUUACAUAAAAAUGUAACAAAAGCAUUGCGGAUUUCUUCAAAUAUUUGUUCAUUAAUAUAUGUAAGCUGUAAUACAAAAUCUUUAUUGAGUAAUUGCAUUACUCUUUGUUCAGCAUAUGAUCCACAAAGUGAAGAUUCAAAAAUCAAACCCUUCAUUCCAAAACUAGUUAUACCAAUAGAUAUCUUCCCUUAUACUAAUCAUGUGGAGACAGUAGUUUAUUUAGAAAGAGACAAAGAAUCAAUUGGUUUAGACAAUGAAAUAAAAGGUAAAAUGACUACAAUUAAUCCUCUAUUACAAAAUAGAUAG